AUGACCGAUUAUCAAUUGAGUAAUGAUGAUCAUGAAGCUUUGGAAAAAUUUACAAAAUUCUUCUUAGUAAAAGCAGCACAAAUCAUUGUACAAUCACGUUUAGGUGAAAAGAAAACAACCAAAUCUAAACAGGUUCAUUCAGGAAAUGAAUGGUUUUAUCUAUCGAUUAAGGACAUUCCAGAAGUUACUGUCAAUGCAAAGAAAUGCUUAGGAGAUGCAGAACAUCUUCUAAUUGAUCCUCCUCACAGUCCAUUUUGUGUUGAAAUAUCAUUGCGUACACCAGAUUGUGAUACAAUUACAUUGGAAACAUGGUGUAUAUCAUUUGAUGAUUCCGUAUCUGAUCCGACACAGCGUGUUCGAUUUAGUGUAUAUAAUCGUAUGAGUAUUGUACUUCGAUCGCUACUAGCAUGUACACGUGCAACACCAACAUAUCAAUUAUCACGAAAACAAUCAGCAGAUAAAUAUAUUAUUUGCUAUAAAAUGUAUAGUGGUGAACCUAUUGUAAGUCAUCUUGGUGAACACUAUUCGAAGAAAACAAUCGGACAUAUAGUUACACCUAUUGGGCGUUUUGUAAUAAAUGUUGCUUAUCGUACAUGUUUAACAAUGUCAUCACCACAAGUUGAUAGUGGAACAAGUAGUGGAAUGACACAAUUUGGUAUGGAUAUCAAAGAUGAUCAUUUUUCACUGUAUAGAAACCAAAAUUGUGAAGAUGAUAGUGAAGCUCAUUUACCAUCAGAACAUAAUUCCAGUGUACCGAAAAGUUCACCUAUUGAGGUAACGAAACGAAGACAUACAAGCUAUGAUUCGGUUUCUCCCAGUCAUGGAACUCCUGAUAAAGCAUAUUAUAGUAAAUUACGUGCAGCAUUUACAACGCCAGGCACUACAGCACAUCCUGCCCAUGCGGGUUCAUAUAAUCGUACGAAUGAUAAUGAUUUACCAUUUUUACUGAUGAUGCAACAGCAAGAAAAUGCUCAUCAUCAACAACAUCAUUCAAUGGAACAAGAGCAAAAUUCAAAAAAUAAUUACUUCAUCGGUGGUGAUCUAGAAAAUGACGCAGCUCCAGAUGAUUUUAUUCUUGUUGAAGUGAAACCCUUUUUUGGUAAAAGUGAUUCGACAGACGAUUUAGCUUUGUUUAUUCGUUCGUGUCAACAGCCACCAAUCCUUGAGUCAUUUACUCUCGAACCAUCACUUGGUGAAACAAUCAGUCAAUUAAACGAAGAAUUACGUGUAUUUGAAUCAAAAGUGGAAGAAUUUGAUCAACUUGUUAAUACUUUGAAUGCGGAUCAUACACGACAGAAUGAUUGA